AGAUGUAAGCUAAAGGCAGCAUGCAGCAUUAAAGACUGAGUCCUCCUCUAUAGACCAAAUGAGAUAUUUUUGACCUCUUGCUCCACGCAGUUAUUCCACACAUGGUCUUGCGUGGUAUUUUAAACGUUGUUUCAAGGCACGCGGGUAGAUGUGAUAUUACAUGCACAUGAAUUAUGGUGCAUCUUCUCGGUCCCAGCUGAUGUGAUGACGUAGACGUGUGUGUCCGCGUGUGUUCGGCGGAGGGUGUGUUUCCAAGGCGAAAUCUGGAGGGGGGUUGUAGAGAGGUGACUUUAAUUCUCUAUUUGCAAUCUGAAAAUUUUCUCUCUCGUGAUGCACUGAAAAACUAGCAGGACAAGUCGCGCAGUUUCUCAACUGCCUGCUCAAAUGAAGCCAUAAUUAAGCAAGCAGGUUACUGAUGCCUGCAGAUGAAACGCACAGAUGCUGACGGAUGGACGGUCGUAGAUGCAGCGGUUGCACCGGUGCUGACUCGGGAUGCUUGGUCAUGAAAUGAUACGAGGCCCGCUCGGUUGUUAGGACACCAACUUGUUUCCUGCGCUAUAACGUGAGACAGGCUGAGAGAGAGAGAGAGAGAGAGGGAGGAGGGGGCGCGAGCAUUCGUUCGCCGCUGUUGCUCGGGGCUCGCGGAAGAACCGAUCACAUGGAUUCCAAGGUUCCAUUUUUCAACGGCGCUUCGAUCUGAGCGCGCGCUGACAGCCCCAGUGACCGGCGCAUCCAUCAGAGCCGCGCGAGGGAAAGAGGCAUCACUUCGCCGGUUCCAUCGAUCUGCCGGAACUGGGCAGGCACCGGAGUCGGUCCGUGUGUGCGUGUGCGCACGAGUGAGGAGGGCGAAAGCGGCCCUGGGGUAUUUCUGCCACCGAGGAGCAGCCAGCUGCACGCUUAACGGAGAGGAAACCGACCCGGCUGGAAUAUUUGGCGUUGCCGAAAAUCAUUUAGGAGGAAAGCAUUCCUCAUUUGCUCAAAUCACAGGUGGCGUGUGGAACCAGAGAUAGCCCAGUGCUGGAUUCCCGAAGGACAGCUAGAGAUCACAGACCCUUGAGGUGAAAGAGGGUGCAUGGAUCGCUCAAGGACAAAGACUUCUGCCUACCUCUGGUUGGGCGUGGUCUCUGUGGCAUCAGCCUUCCUCUACGCAGAGGCGGGAGUCACACCGAGCCCGUCCCUCUCGAAUAACAUCACAUGCGUCGGGGAGGCGAGUCGAUGCCAGCCUGGCAUCAUCUUACCCAUUUGGUACCCCGAGGACCCUUCCAUGGGCGACAAGAUCGCCAGGGUCAUUGUGUACUUUGUGGCAAUGAUCUACAUGUUCCUGGGGGUGUCGAUUAUUGCGGAUCGCUUCAUGGCCGCCAUUGAAGUCAUCACCUCCCAGGAAAAAGAAAUCAUCAUCAAGCGUCCGAAUGGUGAGACGACGACAACGACAAUCCGAGUGUGGAACGAGACUGUGUCCAACCUCACGCUCAUGGCAUUGGGCUCCUCCGCCCCUGAGAUCCUUCUCUCUGUCAUCGAGAUUUGCGGGCACGAGUUCCACGCUGGUGAGCUUGGCCCAGCCACCAUUGUAGGCAGCGCUGCCUUCAACAUGUUUGUGAUCAUCGGCCUGUGUGUGUCGGUUAUCCCAGAAGGUGAGGUCCGGAAGGUUAAACACCUGCGUGUGUUUUUCGUAACAGCCGCAUGGAGCAUGUUUGCCUACAUCUGGCUCUAUAUGAUCCUGGCUGUGUUCUCGCCCAACGUAGUCCAAGUAUGGGAAGGGCUUCUCACCUUGGCGUUCUUCCCCAUCUGUGUCAUUCUAGCUUGGGUGGCAGACCGUCGCCUGCUCUUCUACAAGUUUAUGCACAAGAAAUAUCGCACGGACAAGCACCAUCGAGGCGUCAUCAUUGAGACGGAGGGUGACCGUUCAAAAGGCAUCGAAAUGGAUGGAAAGAUGAUGAAUUCUCAUUUUGUUGAUGGCGGAGCUGCUAGUAAUUUGAUGGGCCUGAUUGAGGGCAAAGAGGUGGAUGAAUCUCGCAGAGAUAUGAUCCGUAUCCUGAAGGACCUGAAGCAGAAACACCCAGAGAAGGAGCUGGACCAGCUGGUGGAGAUGGCCAACUACUAUGCACUGUCACACCAACAGAAGAGCAGAGCGUUUUAUCGUAUCCAGGCCACGAGGAUGAUGACCGGUGCCGGGAACAUCCUGAAGAAGCAUGUGGCCGAGCAGGCCAAACGCAGUGCUAGCGUACAAGAAGUUCACGUAGAAGAACCCGAGGAGUAUGUGUCCCGCAUUAUGUUCGAACCUGCCAUUUACCAGUGUCUGGAGAACUGUGGCGCCGUUCUCCUCACAAUAGUUCGUAAAGGCGGCGACAUCGCUAAGACAAUCUAUGUGGAUUAUAAAACGGAAGAUGGCUCUGCAAACGCCGGUGCGGACUACGAGUUCACUGAGGGCACGGUGGUGUUCAAACCUGGUGAGGUUGUGAAGGAGAUCACUGUUGGCAUCAUCGAUGAUGACAUCUUUGAAGAGGACGAGCAUUUCUUUGUGCGGCUCAGUAACGUGCGUGUUCUGGAGACUGAGGAUGAGGUGCUGUCGCCAAGUAGCCUGCCGUACCCAAAGGCCUUGAUAGGAUUCCCUGCUGUUGCCACUAUUACCAUCCUUGACGACGACCACGCAGGCAUCUUCACUUUUGAAAGCGAGUCCAUGCACGUGAGUGAAAGUGUAGGCAUCAUGGAAGUGAAAGUGCUGCGCACGUCAGGGGCGAGAGGGACGGUCAUCAUUCCAUUCCGCACGGUGGAGGGACUAGCUAAGGGCGGCGGAGAGGACUUCGAGGAUGCGUAUGGAGAGCUAGAGUUCAAAAAUGAUGAGACCUGUAAAACCAUACAAGUUAAAAUCAUCGAUGAUGAGGAGUAUGAAAAAAACAAAAACUUCUAUCUGGAGCUGGCAGAACCACGCAUGGUGGACAUGAGCCUUCAGAAAGCUCUGUUAUUAGCUGAUGAUAUUCCAGACAGGAAGGUGUCAUCAGAUGAGGAGGAAGCCAGAAGAAUAGCAGAGAUGGGGAAGCCUGUAUUGGGCGAGCAUGCAAAAAUAGAGAUUAUCAUUGAGGAGUCGUAUGAGUUUAAGAGUACAGUAGAUAAGCUGAUUAAGAAGACUAACCUGGCUCUGGUCGUGGGCACAAAUUCCUGGAGAGAACAAUUCAUGGAGGCUAUAACUGUCAGUGCAGGAGAUGAGGAUGAGGAUGAGGGGGGAGAGGAACGUCUGCCAUCUUGUUUUGACUAUGUCAUGCACUUCCUGACUGUGUUCUGGAAGGUUCUGUUCGCCUGCGUCCCGCCCACGGAAUAUUGGAACGGGUGGGCGUGUUUCAUUGUUUCCAUAGUGAUCAUCGGUCUUUUGACUGCGGUGAUCGGUGAUCUGGCCAGUCACUUCGGCUGCACCAUUGGGCUAAAGGACUCAGUCACCGCUGUGGUGUUUGUAGCCCUGGGAACAUCCAUCCCUGAUACCUUUGCCAGUAAAGUUGCAGCGGUGCAGGACAGUUACGCAGACGCAUCGAUCGGUAACGUGACCGGUAGCAACGCUGUGAACGUUUUUUUGGGAAUCGGUGUUGCGUGGUCAGUGGCUGCCAUCUACUGGCACAUGCAGGGUCGUGCGUUCGAGGUACAGGCAGGUUCCCUGGCAUUUUCUGUCACUCUCUUCACCAUCUUUGCCUUCCUGGCGGUGAGCGUCCUGCUGUACCGGCGCAGGCCUCACAUCGGUGGAGAGCUGGGCGGCCCGCGCUCACAGCGCAUCUUCACAACACUCUUUUUCUUUGGUCUCUGGUUUCUCUACAUCCUUUUCUCCAGUCUUGAGUCUUACUGUCAUAUACAGGGCUUCUGAAGAGAAGAGAUGGGGUGGGAUGGGUUGGGGGUUGGAGAUGAGGAGAGAUUGAUGCCAGGAAACUUCUUCUAGUCGUAAAUGACAGAGUGAAAGCUAAGGAUUGAUUCAGAAAGGUCGCUAAGGUUUUAAGCAGGGGCUACAAAAAGGACAUUCGUUCCACAGAUACCUUCACGCUGAAGAUGAAGAGUGUGAAACAUCUCUCUGAGGGGUGGGACAGUCUUAACCUGGAGUCUGAGCUUUUCACAGUCUAUAUUUUUCUCAACACCUGCUGAGAACGACUUUUUUCUAAUGAAGUAUUUUGGGAAAAAAAAAUAUACAAAAAAUAACAAAAAGAAUUAAAGGAUUCAAAGGACUAUUUUCAAAUCUGCUUCCAGGAUUAGAAAUAAUAUUUCAACAAAAAACGAAAAUAUAUAACUACGUGAAAUCUGUUAUUGAGUGACAUUUGAAGGACCCAUAAAGUUAUUAUUUAUUUAUUUCCCUUGUUUAGUUUGGUAAGAACUAACAGAGCUUACAGCUUUUACCGUCAGGCCAAAGUCCCGGCUAGGGAGAGUGGCUCGGAAACACAGAACGCUGAGUAGACAAACGGAGAACAGAGACGAAUAUGAACAAUGGCUGAACACUGCAUUUUCUCCCUGAUAUUCCUGUAUGGAUAUAAUCUGCUUCCAUAUUUUUUCUGUACUUCUGUGUAUUUCCUUGCCAAGUGUUGUUAUUUCAAGAAUCACAGAGGCUUCAGAGGGUUGCAGAAGAACAGAAUGCAAAAAAACCCCCAUGAUACAGAGGGAAAAUGAGGCCUUUUAGCAUUUGAACAUUCAUCAAAAUGAAUCACUAGUGUAUUUUCUGAGAGCGCACUGCAUCUGCUAUUACAGUUGUUGUUGUUUUUUUUAUCUGUUUGUAUUUCAGUCUUUUAGUGUCAUUGAACAAACAUAAAGCACCCCAAAGAAAUCUCCCACCUCCACUUCACUCCAGAGAGUCCCUCUAUAUAGAGUCACAUGACCAUAUAACCAGGAGCUCCUUAAGUGUGCAUCUAAACAGUGUCUGAAGUGUCAGUGAUGUCGGUGGUGAAUUCCAAGUAUGUUUUAUUGGGGCCUUUAAUGUGGUUCAUAAUGUUUACAGGCCUUCGGUCCAGAACAGAAUGAUAAUGGUGCAGUACAAACAGAUUUGUUUAACAUGGUGAGGAGAGUUUUUUGCAUUUCAUAAGUAUAGAAAUUUUGGGCAAAGCUGCAUAAAUAGUUCACCUAAAAUUUAAAAUUUACUGAAAAUAUACUAACCCUCAGGCCAUCCAAGAUGUAGAUGCGUUUGUUUCUUCAUCUGAAAUAUAGCAUCACAUCACCUGUUCACCAAUGGAUC